AGAAUGUUAGACAUGCUGCCUUGUAGAUCUGUGCGUACUUUAUGUAAAUUUAUUUAUAAACAAUCACAUCACUUAAAUGAAGAACCUCCAUCAAAAAAUUCCGUUCUUUGUACUCUAAUUGUGGGAUUGAUUGCAGGAAUUUGCUUAGCUCAGUUUUUUGAGACACCUGAAAUUAAUACAUCGUUUAAAUCUUAUAAGAAAACGGUUGAACAUCAGAACAGUUAUGAGUCUAAAAACUAUAGCUCCACUAUAGCCGAUAAAUUAAGGAAAGAAGUUCGAAUUCUCUGCUGGGUUAUGACAAAUCCAAAGAACCACAAAAAGAAAGCACUUCAUGUGAAACGAACUUGGGGUAAAAGAUGUAACAUUCUAUUAUUUAUGAGCUCAGAGGAGGAUGAAGAACUUCCAACGGUGAAACUAAAUGUGGCCGAAGGACGUGAGAAUCUGUGGAGAAAGGUUAAGGAGUCCUUCAAGUAUGUUUAUAAACAUCAUUAUAAUGACGCCGAUUGGUUCUUCAAGGCCGAUGACGAUACCUAUGCUGUGGUCGAGAAUCUGCGAUAUAUGCUGUACCCAUAUAAUCCUCAAACGCCGAUUUACUUUGGUUGCAAGUUUAAGCUUGAUCGUGGGGAGGUUUAUAUGUCUGGUGGAGCUGGUUAUGUCCUCAGCCAGGAAGCUCUUCGUCAGUUAGUUGAGAAGGGCAUAGACAAUCCAAAAACUUGCUUGCCCGGCACUGUUGAAAAUGAGGACAUCGAAGUUGGGCUCUGCAUGAUGAACUUGAAUGUCACUGCUGGUGAUUCGCGGGACUCCACAGGUCGUCGUCGUAUGUUCCCGUUUGUUCCGGAGCAUCAUCUUAUUAAGCCAAAAGGUAUUCAACUAGAUGCUUGGUACAGGACAUACCAAUAUUAUGAGAAUGAUGAAGGUCUUGACUGUUGUUCAGACUUGGCAAUCUCGUGGCAUUAUAUACAUCCAUAUCUCAUGUAUAUAAUGGACUAUUUAAUCUAUGAUUUGAAAAUCUAUGGAUUGCUGCAAACGCCUCAAGCUCUGCCUGCUAAACUAAAAGUCGGUGAAUUAUUGCCCGAACCCAUCAAUCAACCAGCGGACACUAAUGAGGAUUCCGUGGAUGAUGAGGAUAGGUUCCCCAAUGCUACCACAUCGAAGAAUCUCAGGAAUGCAGCAAUAAGCUCUAACAAAGAAAACAUAGUUGAUAUAAAGGAGAGGAACUUGACUUUAGGAGAAUAAAACUUGUUCAUUUUAUGGAUUUCUAAAAUCACAA